GUGGCUUGCGGCCGUGUGCGCUCAUAUACGUGACUGGGCGGCCUCGAGGUCUUUUUGCUUCCCAUUUUGUCUCGUGUGCGGUGGUGUGCGGCACGUCCACCGUCUCUACUGACGUUUCCGCUGCGUGCCAUCGCAUGGCCGACGUGUGCAUACCGAGGCUCGCUAUCGCGUGGUACUCGCUGUGUCACGAGCUGUGUCGCCGCUGAAAAAAGAAGAGAGGGCCUUGCACGUCGUCCGCAUCGGCGCACCGACCGCAUCGUAACGAUCCUUGCAAAAAAAGAAACCCGCCACACGUACGGCCCGGUUCCUUCCCGUUGUCACCAUCAUCGUCGUCGUUGUCGACGCGGGCCACAUUGCCGUCUGCUCGUCAUUCGUCCUGCUUUGGACGAAUUAGAGCGCGCGCGACAGCGUUAAAUUCCCAGGAUUUAGGCACCAGCACGUAACCAGCCGCGACCACGCGUCCCCACGCUCAUCAGCAGCGAUGUCGAACGAGGAGACCUCCGCCGACCGCAAUGUCGAGAUUUGGAAGAUCAAGAAGCUCAUAAAGAGCCUUGAGAUGGCUAGGGGGAAUGGCACAAGUAUGAUUUCUUUAAUUAUACCUCCAAAGGACCAAAUAUCAAGAGUGAGCAAGAUGCUGGCGGAUGAAUUUGGUACAGCAUCGAAUAUUAAGUCACGUGUAAAUAGAUUAUCUGUUUUGGGUGCAAUCACAUCAGUACAGCAUAGGCUAAAGUUAUAUACUAAAGUGCCUCCAAAUGGCCUGGUAAUUUAUUGUGGAACUAUUGUAACAGAGGAAGGUAAAGAAAAGAAGGUUAACAUCGAUUUUGAACCUUUCAAGCCUAUUAAUACAUCUUUAUAUCUUUGUGAUAAUAAGUUUCACACAGAAGCGCUCACGGCACUGCUCGCAGAUGACAACAAAUUUGGUUUUAUUGUAAUGGAUGGUAAUGGAGCGUUGUUUGGCACACUACAAGGCAACACGCGCGAGGUGUUACAUAAAUUUACUGUGGAUCUUCCGAAAAAGCAUGGAAGAGGUGGUCAGUCUGCGCUGCGUUUUGCUCGAUUACGUAUGGAAAAACGACAUAAUUAUGUUCGAAAGGUUGCUGAAGUCGCUACCCAAUUAUACAUUACUAAUGAUAAACCUAAUAUUGCUGGAUUAAUUUUGGCGGGUAGUGCCGACUUCAAAACGGAACUUAGUCAAUCUGAUAUGUUUGAUCCAAGAUUGCAAGCUAAAGUUAUAAAACUAGUUGAUGUAUCAUAUGGUGGUGAAAAUGGUUUUAACCAGGCCAUUGAAUUAGCAGCCGAAUCUUUACAAAAUGUGAAAUUCAUACAAGAAAAGAAAUUGAUUGGUCGUUAUUUUGAUGAAAUUUCUCAAGAAACUGGCAAGUAUUGUUUCGGUGUAGAAGAUACGUUGAGAGCCUUGGAAUUAGGUAGUGUUGAAACUCUCAUUUGUUGGGAGAAUUUAGAUAUUCAACGAUAUGUCUUGAAAAAUCAUACAAACGCGGAAGAAAAAGUAUUGCACCUAACGCCAGAACAAGAAAAGGAUAAAACUCACUUCACAGAUAAAGAAAGCGGGGUAGAGCUGGAAUUAGUAGAAUGUCAACCAUUACUCGAAUGGCUCGCAAAUAAUUACAAGAGCUUUGGUGCCACAUUGGAAAUUAUCACUGAUAAAUCUCAGGAAGGAUCUCAAUUCGUCAGAGGUUUUGGUGGCAUUGGUGGUAUCUUGCGGUAUAAAGUGGACUUUCAAAGUAUGCAGCUGGAUGACAUCGAAAUUGAUAGCUUUGAUUUAGACGACUACUAAGUCCAUGACUCAACCGACAUUUGGUUCUCUUAGCUUCGAAGAAGGCGGAAGGAGCACGAGUGUAUGUUCUCUUUUGCGCGAUGUCCCAAGAGAGAAGCAUAGACGGGCAUGUUUCGAAAUUUACCAUACGAUGCAGCACGUACGAUAUCGUCACGAAAUUAUUGUCUAGAGUUUAUCGAGCAUCAAACAUGAUCGUAAUCGAUACACGAAAGAGAAGAGCACCAGCUGAUACGGCGCGGCUGAUAUAAUCCAUGUCUACGAAAGGCGAUUCGAAGACUGUGACACUUAAUUAAGCCAGCUUGAUACCUGCCUACUCUCUCAUUGUAACAUUCACCUUGUACUAUGAUUUUACCCUUAAUUAUUCACACAGGGAUAUUUCGUUCAGAUGACUACACUACACGCUCUAUAGUGCCGAAUACGAAUGUUGUACAGUGUAUACAAUGAUUCGAUCGUAAUUUUAUAUUAAAUUGAUGUUUGUCAUCUUAUCAUAGAUUUUACGAGAAAUGAGUAUUUAAAAUAAAAGAAAAAGCGGCUGUAGCAUUAUUUUGUUCACACACAAUCAUGGAAGCAGACCUGUAAUAAAUUGAUUAUUAUAAACUUACAAUUGCGUAUCGUACAUUCUACACCGGUUUGCAAAAUUCAUACGGAUAACGAAAAGAGUUCUGUAAAUAGAUGUCAAUUUAAAAAAAAAAAAAAAAAAAA